GGGACUUAUGCAAUGCGAGCUUUUGCCCGGACCUUGGCAUGUGCGACUCCGACGAGGCCUUGGAUUGUGCGGAGACCUGCAACGACAUUUGCCAGAACAUCAAGGCGCCCUCGUCGGAGUGCUCCCAGAAGUGCCUGGCCGACGACGGCGAGUGCUCGCAGUACUUGUUUUGCCCACCCCCGCCCGCCAAGCCCUUCGACUAUCUCUGCGCCAGCGGCAGCGCCCCGGACAGUGGCGGUUGCUGCGUUGAGCCGCACUCCUCGCAAAGCACCUGCCCGUUCCUGUGCGACUCCGGCACCAAGUUGCUGCUGAGUCACGGCGCAGAAUGCGUCUGCCAGAACUGCCCAACCACGCAGGCGGAGCAGCUGGAGAAGUUCAAAGUGGAAGUCACAGAAGGAGGCCGUUAUCUUGCCGGCGGUGAGGCGUACCUCGCCGAGAUUGUCGCCCGCGUGGGGCUUGACGCUCCCACCAGCCUCAUGCUAAGCUUGCUGGAG